UUAUGGUUUUUGAAAGAUUUCAUGAUCUAUUUCUUGUACUGUUCUGAGCUUCUGGGUGCCUAUAAUCUUUCAAAAUUGUAAGGGGGUCUUCUUGUGUUUUUUUUCCCCUCAGGAAGACUUUGAGUUUGUUCUAUAUCAUUCACGCUCAGUUCAGCUGUUCGCUAUUCCGUGACCAAGAUUUGGCCUUCUCGAUCUGCUUUACUGAGCUGUUCUUGAAAGAGACUCUUUUUUGCUUUGAUUUUGAGUUUUCUUUCCUUUCUAUUUGGUGGUCUUCUUUUCCCUUUUGCAUCGAUUGCUGGCUGGCUCACACUUCUUUCUCAUCAUUUGAAUAUCUCUUCAGUAACUUUUGCCUUUCAUCUCCGCCGAAUCAUUGAAUUUUCAUUUUCUAGAUUGAAUUGUGGGAGGAUGUUGCUGUAUGUGUGGGGUGGCCUUGGAGUCUCAAUUGGGUUCUCCACAUAAAAUAACGCUCCCCAAGCUUUUUCAAUGCUCGCAACAUCGUCUUUAUUCGGUGAUGGAUGAAGAUUCGAGUUGGGUUUCUUUGAUCUUAUAAUACCUUGUUGUUGCUGCUAUAUAUAGAUAUAGUGGUGGGGUUUGUAGCAGAGAGGGAAAAGCUUGUGAGAGAUAGAGAGGCCUGUUGUUGUUAUAUAUGCUGAAGGCUAAGAAGAUAAGGCCCAGUGGAAGAGAGAGUAGUAGUAGUCGAAGUAGAGCUUGUGACUGUUUCAAAAACAGCACAAAAAGAGAGAAGCUUUGCAUCAGAUGUUAUCCGUUGAAAACCCUCCACCAGAUCCUUCAUGUUCUUGCCAAAUUCCUCAUCUGAAAAGUUCAAGUGAUGAGAGGGAAGCUUCUCAUUUUCCCUUGCCAGAGGUAGAUCUGCCUAAGCCGCCACCACCACCCCUUAAUGAUCGUACCCCACUUUCUAAUUUCUCUAUAAGGGAUUAUGUUUUUACUGCCCGGAGCAAGGAUAUCAAGACCAACUGGCCUUUUUCUCUGAAGAGUUUGCAACUUUGUUUCAAACAUGGAACCAAGGAUGUAUUGCCACCAUUUCAAUCAACUGACAAGGUGAGGAAUCAAUCAUUAAAGAGAUGCAUGGUUGAAACUAGUGGUUCGUCUGAUAAGCAAAAGAUUAGGAACUUUGCUGGAGAAAGGUGUUGGGAGGACAAUCACGUGGUGAUAGACUCUUCUAGUAAUGCUGGAUUGAACGGUCAGAUAGAAGAAGCUUGUGCGGCUGCAAGUUUGUGUAGAUCUGGGGGAGAAAAUGAUUUCCAAUCAACAAGUGUUUCUCAAUCUGAAAUAGAGUCAGCUCCUAUUAACAGACCAUUGAGUUCAUUGUUCGAAACUGAUACUUUGUUGGACUCCCCAGCUGAAGUUGAGGCUGUUGGUCCUCCAGUUAAGCGCAAGGGUGAAAACCAUACUCAACCAGUGAAGAAGUGCAGAUUGAUAGUGAAAUUUGGUGCCAAUUCUGAUCGCAGUUCCAUUGAAGAUAUCAGCUCUAGCUUAACCACUGUACCAGAAACAAUGGCUUCUAAAGUUUGCCCUGUUUGCAAAACAUUUUCAUCUUCUUCAAACACGACCUUGAAUGCUCACAUUGAUCAGUGCCUUUCUGAAGAGCCAACCCCCAAGUGGACAUUGGAUUCUAAGCUAACGAAGCAUAGAAUCAAGCCAAGGAGGAUGAGACUUAUGGAUGAUAUUUAUGCUAUGGCGCCUCAUUGUACGUUGGAAGAGCUUGACAGAAGAAAUGGCACAAGGUGGGCUGUAUCUUCAGGUUUGCCUGCUCAUGAAACUGAGAAGCUCGAGAGAAAAACUGAAGGGAAAAAACAAAGGGUAUCAUCGGUUCAUCCUGAGGAUGUUGGUCCCGUUUAUAUCGAUGCCAAUGGCACCAAGCUUCGAAUUUUGUCAAAAUCUAAUGAUAUACCUUCUUCCUUCUCAAAAUUAGAGGCAAAUUCUGGACCAAGGAAAUCUUUGAAGAGUUGUAAAGGAAGCAAGUUGCUUUCAAUGAAAAAUAAGCUCCAUGCACAGAAACAUCUCAAGUAUCUGAAACAUGCUCCUGAAAGCAAAAAAUAUUUCUCCCACAAGGCCGAUGGUUCUCAGAUUCGUGGGAAUCAGAAACAGUGUCUUGGAGUGAAAAUAAGCUGUGGGGAAGAACAACUAAUGAUGAAGCAAUUCAAACCCAUUGAUGCUGGGAGUCUAACGCAAUGGAUGUGUUCCAAGCGAAGAGGUUUUACAAAGAAACCUGAUGAUCAAGACAGCGACCAUCCUUCAAGAUGGAAAAGGCGUGUUGCCCAGGAUUUUCCAGCUGAGGAUUGUUACCAGUCUCUAGGUGAUUCUUCUGCAGAGAAGAAUUAUGUGUAUAAAUUUACAAAUCUGACCGAGGAUCCAGUUGCUUCUCCUCAAACCAAUUUGGGAAUGGAGAAACUAUUUUAUGAAGCUUCUGUUAGUGGCACUGGCAAUAGAGAGCAGUCUCCUGGAAGGACAAUGGUGGGAAGUCCCUUAAUUGGAUAUGUGGAGAGGACGUUAUCUCCCAUUAAAGAAAAAUCGAAUAAGUUCAGCAAGGAAGCCACCACUUUACAUGAUAGCUUCAUGUUAAGCUCUGCAGGAAAUCAUAUAUCUUCACUGAGCAAGAAGUCAACAGAUUCCAACGCUGGUCCACACAAUAAUUCUGGUGUUGGUUCAGUUGCUAUCAUGAAAUCAUACAGGAGUGGUCAAGCAGUUGUUCCUAAACUUUUGAGGUUAUCCUCCGGCAAGGAAGAUGCCUUGUCUGUGAGCAGCCAGCACCCUCCCAGUGAAUUUCCAUCUGGCACAAUUAGGAAAGGUUCUGCCCAUAAGAAAUCGCAGGCACAUUUACUGGCAGGAGUAGACAAAAAGGUACUGACUUGGCAUUCAAAGCCAGGUUAUAGUGGAAAUCAAGCUGAACAGCUCACAAAAGAAGUGUCUCAGGGGAGAAGGGCUGUACUGGAACUUCGACAACGUAGAGAGGCAAUGGGAAAUUCUCAAAGAAAAAAAGCCAUGGCACUGAAUAGCUCAAGAUCCACAUCUCAUGCUCUUGGUCAUGCUGAAGGGGUACACAUGGAUGGUUCUGUUAAAGUUGGUAAAGAAGUUGUAAGAGUUGUUGGUCUUGAAUCUGGUAGAGAUGAGACUGGGAUCCAUGAGGACACUAUCAUUGAACCAUCAUCCUUGGUAGUUGAUGUGGGAAGUGUUGCUAAAUCUCUAGAUAAAGAACGUGACAAGAACGCCAACUACAUUUCUCACCAUUGCACUGAUGGUUAUGAGGGCCUUUUACGUGGGGCUGAAGCACCAAUUAGUCUGAACGAGCCAUGUUACGAGAACAAACAAGUGAUGUAUUUUGCUGAAGAAGUGGCAAAUGGCAUGAUUGGACCAAAUGAUCGUUUGGGGGCAGAAAUAGAUGUUGAGCAACAUAACUAUUUUCCUGAGGUUGAUCCAAUACCUAUACCAGGACCACCAGGAUCAUUUUUUGCCGAGCCCUAGAGGUGUGGGAUCAGAAGAUUUUCAAGCAAACUCAUCAUUAACCACAAAUCAGGUCCAGUCUCCUCAAGAUCAGCGUGACUUGCUUCAUGGAGAUUCAUCAGAUUCCCCUCUAUCUGCUGCAUCUACCGUCUGUGACACCGUUGCAGGCAUAUCUGACUAUAAGUAUCCUGAAGCGUCAUCAUUGGUAGGGCCUUAUGCAGUUCACGAUAACCAUAGGUCAGGCUCCACGCACUCUAGCAUAAAACCUUCUGUUGAAAAUUUUGUUGCACUCUCACCGAUCUCAAGGACUGGAGCUUACAAUGAGGAGUGUCUUAAAUUGAACAAGGCUUCCUUUGAAAGAGGCUCUUUCGGUUUUAAAAGGGACGAUCUACCCUGCUAUUGCCAAAGGAAUGAGAGACUUAGUCAGGGCAUUGCUUUAAAUUAUCAGGAAUCGGAACCAUUAAGGCGUAGGAAAAUGGCCUCAGUU